UUCCUGAUGAAGUUAUCAAAAAUAGAUGCAAAGAAAGUAAUUUUUACAGGCUAGUGACCGCGUACAGACAACACGGCCAUAAAUAUGCAGACAUUAAUCCCGUUGCAUUUCAUCCUCCACAAAGAUUCGCACCAGAAUUAGACAUCAAACGAUACGGAUUUGAAGAAAAUGACACAGUCUGGGUGAGAAAAGGAAUAGUUCAAAUACCGGAGGGCGAGGUAGCCGUGAAAAGUGCAACAACUUCAUUAAGUCGUAUGUACUGCGAGCAGGCAUCAGCCGAAUUUCUGUAUUUGGAGAAUGAAGAUGAACGAGAAUGGUUCUCGGAAGAAUUCGAAAAACUGGCAAGUGAACAACUUAACGAUGCCGAAAAAAUCGUCCUAGUUAAGGAUUUAUUAAGAUCUCAGGCGCUUGAUCAUUUCUUAGCGAAAAAAUUCUCCAGCGUCAAACGAUACGGCGGCGAAGGAGCAGAGAGCAUGAUGGGAUUUUUCAGCAGGAUUUUUCAUUUGGCUGCCAACGACAACGUCGAGCAAAUAGUAUUGGCAAUGCCUCACAGGGGGCGUUUAAACGUGCUGACUGGUUUGCUGAAUUUCCCACCCGUAAAAAUGUUCUACAAGCUUCGAGGAAAUUGCGAAAUCCCCUCAAAAUAUCGAACUCUGGGAGAUGUACUCAGCCAUCUCGUUUCUUCUGUCGAUCUCAAAUUUGGCGAUAAAUCUGUCCACGUGUCGCUGUUGUACAACCCUUCACAUUUGGAAGCGGUCAAUCCCGUGUCGAUGGGCAAAACGCGCGCCAAAAAUCUGAUCAGUAGGUACGGCGAUUAUGGGAAUUUAAACGAAUUUGGAGACAAGAUAUUAAAUAUCCAGGUUCACGGCGACGCAGCUAUUAUCGGGCAAGGAGUAAACCAAGAGUGUCUCACACUAAGCGGAGCUCCUAACUUUAACAUCGGCGGCACUGUACAUUUGGUGGUUAACAACCAGGUCGGCUACACAACCCCCGGGGAUAGGGGUAGGUCAUCCAGGUAUUGUACGGACUUGGCGAAAGUUAUUGCCGCCCCCGUCAUACACGUCAAUGGAAAUUAUCCCGAGGAAGUUUACAAAAUAACGAAAUUGGCGUUUGACUAUCAAAGACGCUAUAAAAAGGACAUCUUCGUCGAUAUGAACUGUUACAGACGGUGGGGUCACAACGAAAUGGAUGAUCCCACCUUUACCAACCCGGCCCUGUACAAGGUCAUCAAUGCCAUGCGGACCGUACCGGAUUCGUAUGCGGCCAAAAUUAUCGAGGAAGGUGUGUUGAGCGAGCAACAAUGCCAAGAAAUUUACGAAGAACGUUUCGAAUGGUUAAACGAGGAGUUGCAGGCCAUCGAGGAUUAUCAACCAGAGGACGUGUACUUUCAACACCAAUGGGCCGGCAUCAGCCAGCCGGAAAACGCGAUAACCACCUGGGACACGGGCGUCGACACAGAACUGCUGGCGUUCGUAGGAGAAAAAUCAGUAGCGGUACCUGAAGACUUUACAGUUCACCCCACCCUAACUAGACACGUCAAAAAUAGACUGUCGAGAGUAGCGGAAGGGAUGAACAUCGAUUGGUCCACGUCGGAAGCGCUGGCAAUCGGCUGUCUACUCUUCGAAGGUUACAACGUGCGGAUCAGCGGUCAAGACGUGGGUAGAGGAACGUUUUCUCAAAGACACGCCAUGUUGGUCGACCAAAACACCAAUCAGAUGUUCAUUCCCCUCAAUUCGUUGUAUCCGGAACAAACCGCGAAUUUGGAAGUGGCCAACAGUAUUUUGUCCGAAGAGGCAGUGUUGGGGUACGAAUACGGAAUGAGCAUCGAGAGUCCCAAAAAUUUGAUAGUGUGGGAGGCACAAUUUGGAGAUUUCUUUAACGGCGCCCAAAUUAUUUUCGACACGUUUGUUACGUGCGGAGAAGCAAAGUGGUUGUGGCAAAGCGCCUUGACCGUUCUCCUACCACACGGAUACGACGGAGCAGGACCGGAACACAGUUCGGCACGGAUCGAACGUUUCCUGCAGCUGACCGACUCCAAAGACGACGCUGUCGACGGAGACGACGUGAAUCUACAGGUUUGCCACCCUAGUACACCUGCUCAAUAUUUCCACUUACUGCGACGACAGAUGGUGCGCAAGUUCAGAAAGCCGUUGAUAGUCUUCACCCCCAAAACGCUGCUAAGGUCGCCGCUGUGCGUCUCUAGUUACCAGGAUAUGAUCAAGGGAACGCAUUUCAAACCAGUAUUAGGGGAUACUUCAUGCGAACCAUCUAGCGCGAGACGGUUAUUGAUCACUUCCGGAAAACAUUAUUACAAUUUACUGGAAGCAAAACAGUCGUUGGAAUGCGAAACUGUUGCCAUCAUCAGAUUGGAGUCGUAUUGCCCUUUUCCUACAGCAGAACUUUUGCAAGAGGUUCUGAAGUACAACCAUUUAAAAGAUAUACUCUGGUGCCAAGAGGAACCACAAAACAUGGGCGCAUGGAGUUUUGUGAAAAGACGGUUCGAGAACUUGAUCGGCAAACCGAUUAAAUUUUGCGGAAGACCAGCAUCAGCAACACCAGCGGUUGGGUUCGCACAAGUCCAUCUGGAACAGGCCAACGACAUAUUAACCAAACCAUUCCAAAUGUGAACAACUAUUAUAAAUUUGUGAUAUACAUUGUUCUUUAACUAUAGAUAAUAUAUAUUUGUGU